AUGCAAGUGACGGCGGACCGCUACGCCGAGUUCAUGAAGAUCGCCCACGAGCAGGCCCUCAAAGGCUUGAACGAGGGUGGCAUUCCCAUCGGCGCUGCAGUCGUCCACCUCCCCACUGGCAAGGUGCUGGCACGCGGGCACAACCAGCGGGUACAGAUGAACUCGAACAUCCGACAUGGCGAGAUGGAUGCGCUUGAGAACAUGGGGCGGGUGGACGCGGGCGUGCUACGCGAAUGUGCAAUGUUCACCACUCUCAGCCCGUGCUACAUGUGCUCGGGUACUUGCGUGCUCUACAAGAUUCCACUCAUCGUCAUGGCUGAGAACAACAACUUUGUCGGAGGGGAGGACCUGCUCGCCUCCAAGGGAGUGGAGAUUGUAAACCUCCGCGACAAAGAAAUCACGGCGAUGAUGCGUGACUGGAUCGCCAGCGACCGCGGUCGAGCAGUGUGGGACGAGGACAUAGGCGAGGUGUCGUCAUGA